AUGGUUCUAAAAUAUACAAUUUUAUUUUUGGCGGCUCUAGUUUUGAAGGGUUCUGCCGUGCCACGUAAUGGAGUAUUGGACUUGGAAGCAUAUCUCGAUGAACUAGACAGCUCCAACUCCCAAGAACGUAUAGUGGGCGGUAAUAAUGUCAACGCUGACGAAUACAUACCCUAUCAAAUUUCCAUGCAAUUUAAAAGAAAAAAUGGUCAAUAUGGUCAUUUUUGUGGUGGCUCAGUUAUAUCGCCCAAUCGUAUACUUACCGCUGCUCACUGUGUUAAUGGUCAAGAUCCAGCCAAAAUUUCGGUUGUCGGCGGUAUAAAUAAUCUUAAUGAUAAAUCGGGUACAAGAAGUCAAGUCAAAUCAUUUGAAAUGCACGAAAACUACAUGGAACUAGUAACUAGCGAUAUUGCUAUUUUAACUAUUGAACCAGCUUUUGAAAUCGAUAGUAAGCGUAUUGAUGUCAUCGAUGUUUUCGACUAUGAGCCAGUGGGUGAAAAACAAGAAGUCUUAUUAACUGGCUGGGGCUCUGUACAUCAUUUCGGUAAUGGUAUUUUGGCUCGUUAUCCUAAGGAAUUACAAAAAUUGGAAUAUCGCACAAUAUCGAAUGAAAGAUGCAAGAGAACCAUGCAGCAACUGACAGAAACUGAAAUUUGUGCCUUGGAACGUUUUGGAAAAGGAGCUUGUAAUGGUGAUUCCGGUGGUCCUUUGGUAAUGAAUAAAGACGGCAAACUUAAGCAGGUUGGUGUAGUUUCUUAUGGUACCGCUUUCUGUGCCUCCAAUAGUCCAGAUGUUUAUACACGCGUCAGCCAAUUUUUCGAUUGGAUCAAAGAGCGUAUGGCUUAAUGCUUGAUCUAUAUUAAAUCCACAUUUGUUUCUUGUUAUUUGUUAAUAAAAAAAAAAAAUUUAAAUACCACGAAAGAACAUUAAAAACAUAAUCAAAAAGAA